UUUCACCUAUACACCCUCUUCCAUCUGUGCGCAAGUUCCUACGAGAGAGCAAACAACGGUAGCACGAUACCUGCGUUGUAUCUAUGCAAUGCAUCUAUCCUGCUAUCCAAGAAAACGUGGCAUUUCUGGCAAUGAGAGUCCUGAUAUUGUGGCUUCUUCAGACUUUAUGUGUUCCGUUUACCGUGAGUCAAGUCUCAGUACAUGUAGAGGGUGAUGUCCAGGCUGUCCUGUACUCUGAUGUCAUACUGCGCUGCAGAGUGGAGACGAAGGAGCACGUGACCCAACUAACAUGGCAGAAGAAAAAGACUCCCAACAACGAGGACUUCCUGACUUAUAGCAAAGGAGAGGAGCCAGUAUAUCUCACACCAUUUGCACAAGAGAGAGUGAAAUUUCAAGGAGAGGGAGACCAGAGUGGCAACAUUCUCAUCCGCAAUGUGACAUUAAAUGACGAGGGAAUCUACCUCUGUAGCUUCAGCACCCACCCCACUGGGACAAGAGAGAAGGAGAUUAAACUGACUGUUCAAGUUUAUCCAGAAAUCCUCGUGGUACCUUCCAUGAAUCCAGUAACGGUUGGUGAUUCUCCUCAGAUGAUGGGCUACUGUAUUGCUAUAGCAGCAAAACCUGCAGCAAAUAUUAAAUGGUUCAUAGAAGGUUUCUCCUAUAACUCGGACAAAAAUACAACACGCCAUGAAAAUCUGACUGUGACAACCGUGAGCUACUUAAUAAUUCAACCCAGUCUGGAACUCUACGGUCACAAUGUUACCUGUGUGAUCACUCAAGAGAACGUCCAAAGGCAGCAGGAGAGAAUGUUCAACAUACGUAACAUCCAUUAUGCUCCUUUGAAUGUAAAUAUUAGAGUAAUUCCGAGUGAGGAACAGAUGUUGCAAUUUUCCUGUGAGUACGAUUCCAAUCCUCCGGCUUCCAAAUUUACCUGGAGAUGGAACAGUAACUCAGAAUCUGGCUCACAAUAUAUUUCAGAAAACAGUAAUCAGCUGACUAUACCCAACGACAAUGUCUCUAGUGGUUUGUGUGUAUGCGAAGUUGAAAAUCCAGUUGGCAGCAAAUCAGGAAGUAUCUACAUCUAUACUAAAAAAGCUAUUCCAAAUAACAAUAUGGAGAAAGAAAAAAGGGGAACAAUCUCUUCUGAUUCAGACUCCUCUGGAUAUAAAAAUAAGUCACAUUCUAAGAGUUAUAGUUCUAAGGGACAGAAAACGGUGAGAUCAUCCAAAGGAAAAUCACCAAUAAAGAAUCGGUGCAAAGCCUGUGAUAAAAGACCGCUGGAAGGCAAACGUUUAUGUCCAGAAUGUUUAUCGGAAGCAGCCGGAACAUCUAAUCCUUCCUCUGAUAUUAUGCAAUUUAUAAAACAAGCGGUUUCUCGAGGUAUUAAAGAAGCAGGCACAAGAACCAAAAGACCCAGGUUCAGUGACCCUUUGGAUUAUUCACAGGAUUAUUCAUCUAACGAAUCCAUGGAUAUGGAGUCAUACCAAGAGAAAUUAUUUUCUUCAGAAGAAGAAUCUCAGGCUCCCCCAGAUUUCCUGGAACCAGCUCAAGUAGACCAUCUUAUAUCCAAAGUCUGA